AGUUUGUUUUGUUUAUUGUUUUGUUUUUGUUUUGCUCUGCUGUCCCUCGGGUCGAUUCCCUGCAGUGUCUGGUUCAACUUUGCUUUACAUCUUAAAUGAGGAUAAGAGUGAAGGUAGCAGGAACCACCAUGGAGACUGUAUUCCCCUCUYUCCUCUCAGCAGUUGACCGACUGUCCUGGUUUCUCCUUGCUCUGUUWACAUCAUGGAUAGUCUUGGGUUCAGCAGAUACAAAUCAGACAAGCUGGCCAUUACACUCCAAGAAGCCAGUUCUCUUCGUCUGGAACGCUCCCACUCAGGAGUGUCGAUCACUACACAAUGUUACUUUGUCAUUAGACCUGUUUGACAUAGUGUCUACUGCCAGUAAGGGCUUUGCCCGGCAGAAUCUCACAACGUUCUAUAAGGAUAACCUCGGGAUUUAUCCCUACUAUACCCUUGAAAACAUAGCAGUCAAUGGGGGCCUUCCACAAAGUGUCAAUCUCGCUCAGCACCUUGCAAAAAUAUCUCAGGACCUAGACACAUACAUACCAGACCCCAAGGCUACAGGUCUGGCUGUCAUUGACUGGGAUCGAUGGCAGCCCUUGUGGAUCCAUAACUGGGGUGGUAGACAUGUCCAUAGAAGGAAAUCAAUUGAACUGGUGGCCAGAAAGAACGCUACGUUGACUCAAGGGCAAGUGAAAAAUGUUGCGCAAGAAGAAUUUGAACUUGCAGUUCGUGAAUUGAUGCUGGGGACCCUGAGGCAGGGUAAAAAUUUGAGACCGAAUCAGCUGUGGGGAUACUACCCAUUUCCUGAAUGUUUCAACAAUGAGUACUAUGGUGGGAAAUUGGAAACCUACACAGGACACUGUAAAACUAUUAAGAUUGAGGAAAAUAAUCAACUGAACUGGAUGUGGAACGAAAGCACCACCCUUUUUCCUGAAAUAUACAGUGGGGCAAAAAAAAUGAAGUCCGGUCCUUUCUGGGUGUGCCGGGAUGUGAGACUGUGGGCGCCUUCCACGAGUGGUGGACAAAAUUUACAGCUGAAACGCCACUGA